AUGGCACCAGGUCUCAUCCAGAGCGACGCCGCAUGGCUCGAGCCCUCCGUCAGCAAGGCCGUCUUCCCCGACGGCUUCAAGACGUCUGGCCAGCAGGAGCCCGUCUAUUCCUGCAUCCAGCCCUAUGAGAAGUUCCCCAAAGAAAUCACGGGCCAAACAGUCUGGAAACCAGAGGACUACAAGAACAACCCGGACAAGUGGACGUAUGCCUUCACAGACGAGGACAUUGCCGAGAUCAACGCGGCAGCAGACGCCUUCAUUGAGAGCGGCCUGCCCCUGACGGCCAUCACCAAGGACAAGUUCCCGCUGCCACAGCUGUCGCGCCGCAUGGCCACGCUGAAGCGGGAGCUCAUCGACGGCCAGGGCUUCUGGCUCUUCAAGAACCUCCCCGUGACGGCCUGGGGCAACCACAAGUCCGCCACGGCCUACAUGGGACUCGGCACGCACCUGGGCUACUUCACCAGCCAGAACUCGCGGGGCCAUGUCCUGGGCCACGUCAAGGACCUCGGCGAGGACGCCACGCAGACGGACAAGGUGCGCAUCUACCGCACCAACGCCCGGCAGUACUUCCACACCGACGCCGCCGACCUCGUGGGCUUGCUGUGCAUGGCCAAGGCCAUGGAGGGUGGCGAGUCGGAUAUUUGCUCCAUGCACAACGUCUUUAAUUGCCUGCAGCGCGAGCACCCGGACGUCGCGCGGCUCCUGUGCGAGCCUAUCUGGUACCUCGACCGCAAGGGCGAGGUGUCCGAGGGCCAGAAGCCGUGGAUCCGCGCCGCCGUCUUCUACCUGGAGAACGAUCCCACAGGCCCGUCGCCACGUCUUUACGGCAAAUUCGACCCCAUGAACGUCACCUCGCUGGGUCGCUUCAACACGGGCCCCGACGCACAGAUUCCGCCCCUGACCGAUGCGCAGCGGCACGCCAUGCAGGUCCUCGAGGACACGUGCAAGCGCGAGUCGCUGCACAUGAUCCUGGACCCGGGCGACAUUCAGUUCCUCAGCAACCAGCACGUCUUCCACGCCCGCACCGCGUACAAGGACUACCACCCGGGCACGCGGGACGAGGCGGGCCAGCUGCGGCCCAGGCGGCAUCUCAUGCGGCUGUGGCUGUCGGUGCCCCUGAGCGAGGGAGGGUGGAAGCUGCCGUAUCCUGACAUGCACUUGAAGAAGAGGGGAGGGAUCCAGGUGAACGACACGCCGCCGACCUGUCCGUUGGACGCGGAGUAA